AUGCACGACUCACAGGGAUUUGUGGGGUCCAAGGGCUACACCACGUUGAAAACACCGUCUCAAAACAAGGGCCUUGGUUUUACCGACGCUGAGAGGGAAACCCUGGGGUUGAGAGGUCUUCUUCCUCCGGCCACGUUAACGUUGGAAGACCAAGUGGAGCUGACCAUGCAAGAGCUCCGCCGGAAAACCUCCGCUCUGGAUAAGUACGUGUUUCUCCAAAGCUUGCAGGACGUCAAUGCGACUCUGUACUACGCGGUACUGUCGCGCCACACGUAUGAGUGCAUGCCUUUCGUCUACACGCCGGUGGUGGGGGAAGCUUGCCAGAAAUUCAGCCAGAUUUACCGGCAUACGCCUCAGGGCCUUUACUUGUCAUUGAACGACCGGGGGAAGCUGAGAUCAAUCCUUGAUAACUGGCCAGUGGAAGACAUUCGGGCCAUCGUUUUCACAGAUGGAGAGCGAAUACUUGGACUGGGCGACCAGGGCAUCGAUGGGAUGGGUAUCCCAGUUGGUAAGCUUGCGUUGUACACGGCAUGUGCUGGAGUGCACCCUUCCCACUGCCUCCCGGUGGCCCUGGACGUCGGAACCAACAACGAGGCCAAGUUGAACGACCCUUUCUACAUCGGCCUUAAGCGUCGCCGGUUAACUGGAGAAGCGUACGACGCCUUUGUGGCGGAGUUUAUGGAGGCUGCCGUGGACAAGUACGGCAAAUCAGUCAUGCUGCAGUUCGAGGAUUUUGGAAACAACAACGCCUUCCGUCUGCUUCACCACUGGCAGGAGAAGGUGUGUUGUUUCAACGACGACAUCCAAGGCACAGCUGCCGUGGCCUUGGCAGGUAUUUUGGGGUCCACUGCGAUAACUGGAACUGUCGUGAACGACCACCGCUUCCUCUUUCUGGGAGCAGGAGAGGCCGGGGCUGGAAUAGCAGAGCUCAUUGCGUACGCGAUCCAGGUCGAGACGGGGAAGUCCAUCGAGGAGUGCCGGAAGCAAAUUUUCAUGCUGGACUCCAAUGGUCUGGUGUGUAAGAGCCGACUUGGCGAAUUGCAACACCACAAGAUUAAUUUUGCUCAUGAUGCAGAGCACGUCCCCGAUUUGCUGUCUGCUGUGAAGGCUCUCAAGCCAACCGCCCUCAUCGGAGUGUCCACGCUGGCCAAGUCGUUCAACCAAGCGGUCAUCGAGGAGAUGUCCGCCAACAACGAAAGGCCUAUCAUCUUCGCGCUGUCGAAUCCCACCUCUAAGGCAGAGUGCACCCCCGAGGAGGCCUACCGGUGGUCUGACGGUGCCGCUGUGUUCGCAUCAGGAAGCCCUUUCGGGCCCGUCGAGUUCAAGGGCAAAACAUACGUGCCCGGUCAGGGAAACAACGCUUACAUAUUCCCUGGGGUUGGGCUUGCGGCUUUCGCCUGUGGUGCAACGCGCAUCACGGACCUGGACAUGUACAUCGCCGCCAAGGCCCUGGCGGCAACAAUACCCCAGGACCAGUUGGACGCCUCGUGCGUAUACCCGCCCUUGAGAGACAUCCGUGAGGUGUCACUCAAGGUGGCCGUCGCAAUCGCAGCCAAUAAGUACGCCACAGGACAGGCCAGCGUGUUGCCGAAGCCUGCAGAUCUUGAGGCCCACAUUCGCUCUGUUAUGUACACUCCGAGGUACUGACUCUUUCGUGCUCGGGGGUCGUUACUCAAGCUUCGCCACCGGCAGGCCGGAGAUACUUUCAGGGAAGCGCUUGGCGUGUCUAGUCCCCGCUCCGUACGGUUGUGACUCCGUUCAAGUACUGCAGCCGUACCCUGGCGUUGUUUAGGCUUGGGGUGUUGCCUUGUUUUUUUGCGGCGCCGUGGUUUGGUUACGCUUCUCGUUUACGCUUCUCACGAGGAACCGAUUGCUGUCUGCAAUUCGCAAGGUAGCGCGGGUUGUCGUAUCAACCGACCCCGCAUCUACGCAUGAGGUACGCUAAAUAGUGAACUAGGAAGGCGGCACACAGGAUACGUAUGUGGAGACGUGCAUAGUUUAAGGCUUUCAAUUUCCACAAAGGUGAAAACACCGAUUGAAUCAAGCUGCUUUGGAAUGGCCAAUCCCGUAGACACACAAGUUCUUGAAAUAUAUCAACCUUACGCCCGGAUGGGCAAGCUAGCAUGCAUCAUUGUUCUGGUCAAUGGUUCCACCUGACGUACCGCCGUCGCUCGCAGUAUCGACCUACCGCACGAACUUGUCUUCUAUGCGUAGGAGCUACGAUCCGGGGUCAAGGAGGCCCUCUACGAUGUGCACCUUCAGUUUUGACGCGAAGUUGAGCGGUCACCUUGCCCUCAACCAUGCAAACUCACAACAUUUUCAACCAGUGCAUGUGCCAGGAUCUGAACCCAGCACCUGUACCAUCCAGAGAACUCGUUCGAGGAUUCCUUUCGGGCAACCUCAUCCCACAAUUCUUGGCACGUGCGCAACACCCGCGAGAGAGAACCAAAACGCGAUUCUUUUUGUUUCAAAGCGACUUGCGCCAUGACACAAAACCUCACACCUUGCCGCAAUUGCUCUUGGCCACGCGACUACUUGAAAGUAUACGUCCAACCACACGAUUGAAGGUGUGUCUGAAAGGCAGGGCCAGUCCCAUCCUUUCCACAAGACUGCGCUUGAGAUACCGCCGGGGUAUCAUCUUGACCGCACAGCAAACUGCGACUUCUACCGCCUGAUUUCAGAGUUUCGUGAACUUGUUCCGUGUUCGCAUUCGGAAGAAAACCCGACGCUCAAGAGUCCGUCACGUCUUCUGCCGCUUCCGUGUCCCCGCCUUCCUCCGGCUCACAAUGUUCUGCCGCCUCGGCGUUGCUCCCAUCCCCUCGGAGAGCCUCGAU